CUCCGCCAUUUUGACUCCCUCUUUAAAAGAAGAAGAGCGCGUUGUAGGGGUGUCUAUCGUCGAAAGUAUUUAUUGUUUAGUUUAAGACAGGGCGCGGUCUUGCUUGAUUUACUUAAAAUAAACCAUACUAAGCACAUUUGUUUAGUUACUGACAGGUUUUAUCUGCUAGUUUCAGCCGGAGAGUCGAAAUGCCGAGCCACCCGCUGCGUGUGGCGGUGGUGUGCUCGAGCAACCAGAACCGCAGUAUGGAAGCGCACAAUAUCCUCAGCAAACGUGGAUUUGAUGUGCGGUCUUUUGGGACAGGGUCUCAUGUGAAGCUUCCUGGUCCCGCACCGGAUAAGCCAAAUGUGUAUGACUUCAAAACAACAUACGAACAGAUGUACAACGACUUGGUCCGCAAGGACAAGGAACUAUACACACAGAACGGCAUCCUGCACAUGCUGGACCGAAACAAGCGCAUCAAAUCCAAGCCAGAGAGAUUUCAGAACUGCAAGGACAGAUUCGACCUGGUCGUCACCUGUGAGGAGCGAGUGUACGACCAAGUGCUGGAGGAUCUUAACUCAAGGGAGCAAGAGACUCUGCAGCCUGUACAUGUUAUCAAUGUAGACAUUCAGGACAACCAUGAGGAAGCCACGCUGGGCGCCUUCCUAAUCUGUGAGCUGUGUCAAUGUAUCCAGCACACUGACGACAUGGAGAACGAAAUCGACGAGCUCAUACAGGAGUUUGAGGAGAAGAGCAACAGGCCUUUUCUUCACACCGUCUGCUUCUACUGAUAAAAACAAUACAAAGUUUGCAAUAAACACCAAGCCCACAUCACAAGCAAUGAAACUGCAGAAUAUCAGACACAUAAACAACUCCUUCUCCUGGGUGGUUGGUAACAGCCCAUGCAUAUGUGCGCACACACACAGUACGCAUGCACACACUCGUACAGUGUGCUUUACACAGACGCUGCGGUCAGGACCUAACACGUGGCUGCGCUUGGACGUGGUGGUGGUGAGAAUGGCUUUUUUUUUUUUUUUUCCUCUCUUUCUCUCCUCUAAAUACAGAGUAUUUAUUCCUUCAGAUUAAGGCCAGGACAGUGUCCUCACCUCAGUCCAGUCGCGUCACUCAACAUUGUCUCCUCAGGCAUAGCCAUAAACACACAUUUCCAAGCCCGGGUCAUGCAACUGCUUCACAGAUCCCUGUCAUGUUGUCAGUUCUUUGUUGAUGUUUUUUGUUUGUUUGUUUUUUUUAUUACAGCCUAUUGAUGCUGCUGUUUUUUUUUUGUUUGUUUGUUUUUUCCUCUUGAUAAGAAUUUAUAAAAUAGAAAUUGAUUUUGGUGGUUGUUGUUUUUCCUGAUGUGACAGUGACACUGAUCUCGACUGAUCAGGAGAAUUAGGUGAAGUCAGUUACAGUGAAUUGUAGUCAGACUUGUGUGAAAGUGGCAGGGAGACUACGGCGAAACCGAACAUAGACCUCUGAAAGGCUUUUGAUGAUGAACUUCCUGCAUAAUGUGUUGAUCCAUAUUUAAACUUGUUUUCUUUGAAGAUGUUUUUUUUUUUGUCCUUUUGUAAAUGUUGAACAGAAGCAUUGUAAUUACCUACGGACUGUAAACUCAUCUCAGAGUGCCUAUCUCUUCUGUAUGUACAUACGAAAUGAGUAAAUAUAAAAAGUCUCAAAAAAAAAAAA